GUCCCGUCACCUCCAACCACCACCACGACCGCAUCUCGCCAUCGCACCCGACGCCCACGGUUCAUCGCCAUCUACAGCUCCUCGAGCCAUAUCGCGUCGAGCACCGCUUUUGUAGCACCCUUCAGUCCUUCGCGCAGCAAUCCGCACCUCGCGUCACCCGCCUACAGCCGAUACAAUGGCCACUGAACUCUGCCCCGUCUACGCGCCCUUCUUUGGUGCAAUGGGCUGCACCAGCGCUAUUGUCUUCACUUGCUUGGGUGCCUCCUACGGUACCGCCAAGUCUGGUGUCGGCAUUGCCGCCAUGGGUGUUCUCCGCCCCGACCUUAUCGUCAAGAACAUUGUUCCCGUCAUUAUGGCUGGUAUCAUUGGUAUCUAUGGCCUGGUCGUGUCAGUCCUGAUCUCCGACGGUCUCAAGCAGCCGUUGGCGCUCUACACUGGCUUUAUUCAGUUUGGUGCUGGCCUCUCCGUCGGCCUGGCCGGUCUGGCGGCAGGCUUUGCCAUCGGCAUUGUGGGUGAUGCUGGUGUCCGAGGAACGGCCCAGCAGCCGCGCCUCUUCGUCGGCAUGAUUCUGAUUCUCAUUUUCGCCGAAGUCCUUGGUCUGUACGGUCUCAUUGUCGCCCUUCUCAUGAACUCUAAGGCGACGCAAAACGUUACCUGCAACUAAGGGGCGGCGCGAGUCUCAACGAGACUUGAGGAACUGGCCAGACAAUCAACCCUAUCCACACGGCUUUUUGGUUCCGAGCAUGCCAGCAAAUUAAUCACAAGCAAUCGAACAACAGCUUUUUUUUUUGAGCUUGAUUUACUACAACGCAAACAGAAGCUUGAACGGUGGUCGAGAAAGGGCGAUGGCAAUGAGUGGUGGGCGAUGGAUCCAGCAGUCACUGGCGGAGGCCGUGUAUGUACAAUACGGAGAAGCUGAGUGUUGGGCCUCGGAGCGGUUUCAUUAUAGACAGUCGUGGGGAUGGGGGGAUCUAGUGUAGCCGAAUGUGCAUAUUAUCCUCCAUCCCCAGGACUGCAACGCAAUGCCGUUGCCUAAGAUUAGGUAGCGCGACGGGCUCUCCUGUCAAGACUCAACGUCAAGUCAACGAGUUUAUCAAGGGUCCUCAGAAGAAACAUCCGAAAUAAUUAUAUUCCCAUUACACGUAGCGAGGAGCAUUAGAGCAUCUCCUCUCAUCCAAGAG